AUGGUGAGUCUGGGCACCACUUGUAGUCCACGAGCCUCUUAUUCAUUUACCAACAUAGGCAACGAAGCCACCAUUCGCGAGCACCCAGAUAUACGACCUUCAUGCACCACAUCAGGUCAUUGGAUUCCGUCGACUAGCACUGGUUACAACUAUAGAUCUGGCGGCGGCAUCUCGAAUACGUGGUGGUAUAAUCAAACAGACCGAAUUCGUCAAGUGCCGGUACAGAGCCUGCCACAGCCACUGAAUCAUUUCAAGACGUUCUCGGUAUUCUACAGUGGUGGAGGGGGGUUCUGGGUCCUUCGAGGGGACGGAACAACACCUGAUCCAUCCGAGGCCUGGAUGCCGCUCCGCUUUGACCCUGUAGCCGAUGGUUCCUCCUACCUGACUCCAGCCGGAGCGUGCGAUACAUUGCAGUGCCAACGACCUGAUCAACUCUGGGCGCACAAGUUACUUCCAAACAUUUACCAUGGCCCAUAUACCCAGAAUCCAAAUUAUGGGGGUUUACGAGGUGACUUGCCCAUCUUCUUGGCGUUGGUUGCGCUGUCAAUGGAUCCCGCAAACCUUCCCACGUGGUUACCAUGGAUGUUCCAGGGCUCGCAAUGGCAUCCCCAUACCUUGGAUCAUGGAUUUACCUGGGCGGGAGGUUCUACCACGAAAGACCUCACAAACCUCGAGGACGGUGCUUAUGGAAAGUACUUCAAUUGA